UAAAACCUCUAAUGAGGUGCAGGUGGAUGUCCACCGUGAAUCUAGCGAGACGGCCAGUUCAAGCGGCAGGAGGCGUGAACCACAUAGUCUGCUUGAACAAACGGCAACAGCCGAUUCACGCUCUAAUGAGCAAACACAACUACAGCAAACCUUGGAGCAAGGGUUUGCUAAAAUGGCAACUAGUCUAUCUACGGCGAUAGAAAAUGCAUUUAAAAAUUUCUCUGACAAGUUCGAUGUAGAUCCUAUUGAGGACGAACUUCUCACAGAACUAGAAGAAGGAGAACUUGAAACUAAUGGCAGUGAUGGCGAAAAUGGCCGCCAAAACGACAGACACAGUCAGGAAGAGCCUGACGUCUCAGACGGCACUAAUGUGCAACGCAUGAUUGAACGAGCUAAGACUCAAAAUGCUACUGAACAGGCUAAAGAGCCUAGUGUGCUUGAUGGCAUACGUGGAGAAAUGAAAACGGCUGAAACGGGCCCCAAGGUUAACGAUGACCUUGCUGAAAUAGUGAACGGACUUGUGCAGAAAGGUUUAUCAGAAGAAAAACUCCAAGAUAAACUAAACAAGUAUCCAAGCCCAGAAAACUGCGAAGCAUUGUCCAAAGUGAGGGUAAAUCAGCUUAUUUGGGAUAAUUUACAACCAAAUACUAGGUCACAAGACCUUCGAUUUCAAAAAGUACAAACGGCUUUGAUCAAAGGCAUGGCGGCAAUUGUUCGCGCCACUGACACAGCGCUGGCACAUGUGACCACCUUGCCCGCGGGGAAGGAGAUUGUUGAAAGCAUGACUGAUGCUAUUGCUUUGUGUGCUCAUGCGAAUUCUGAGCUUAAUAUUCGUCGAAAGGAGUUGAUAAAACCUGACCUUCACGAAGAUUACAAGCAUUUGUGCUCGGCCUCAGUGCCUUCGUCUUCCCAGUUGUUUGGGGAUGAUCUCUCCAAGCAGGUCAAGGACCUUACAGAGGUCAAUAAAGUCGGUCGGAAAAUGACCAGGCAUAACAACAAACCUUAUGCCAGAGCCCCGGCAUACAGUUAUCGGGGACGAAAUCGUAACAUACGACCUAGGCCUUUUUUAGGCGAAAGACAGGUAGCGAGUGCGUCGCUACCCUUCCACAACAAGAGGUAUCAACGAGGCAAGUUCAAAAAAUUUGCAAACUGA